AUGACAUUGAUUAGAGUCUAUAAGACAGAAUUCAAAAAGACCCUGGAGGUCUCUCAGGGAAACCGGGAUGAAAGCACAAAUGUGGACAUGACGCUCGUCCAGAGAGAUGUGCAGGAGCUCUACGCAGCUGGAGAGAACCGCCUAGAAACAGAUGAGUCCAAGUUCAAUGCAGUUCUGUGCUCCGGGAGCCGGGCCCACCUGGUGGCAGUUUUCAGUGAGUAUCAGCGAAUGACAAGCCGUGACAUUGAGAAGAGCAUCUGCCGGGAGAUGUCCGGGGACCUGGAGCAGGGCAUGCUGGCCGUGGUGAAAUGUCUUAAGAAUACACCAGCUUUCUUUGCUGAAAGGUUCAACAAGGCCAUGAGGGGAGCAGGAACCAAGGACCGGACCCUGAUCCGCAUCAUGGUGUCUCGCAGCGAGGUCGACCUCCUGGACAUCAGAGCGGAGUAUAAGCGGCUGUAUGGCAAGUCGCUGUACCACGACAUCACGGGAGACACUUCAGGGGACUACCGGAAGAUUCUGCUGAAGAUCUGUGGUGGCAACCACUGAGCGGUGACUGGUGGGUCACUUCCGUUCACCUGCUGGCAACAGCGAUGCCAGGAAAAGGCCAAAAGAAUGUUUGUCUGUUUCUAACAAAUCCACAAAAUAACCCCCCGGUGUCCCAGUGAGGACCAUCCAUAGAACCUUGGCCUCGUCCCCCACCCACCCUCCUGAUCCGUGUAUUGUGCUUGUGCUGAAGGACCUGGGUUGGUCUUGAACUCUGUCAGGAUGCCUCCUCCCCUCCCCCACUCCUCACAGCCUCUUGCAGCUAAAGUAGAUGUUUUGUUUCCUGACUCAUGCAUUCAGUCCCUUUUGCUUGUGGCUGAAACUCUUAGUUUCGUUUUAGUCGUAUAAUUUUGUGUGUUUAUUUGGAGGUUUUUUUUUUUUUAAUAUAUAGUCAUUGCAGACAGAUGCACACACGUCUUUGCUGCGUACACAGUUUGGGUGAGACAGGUGGGGGUUGGGGGUGCCAUGUCCUCAAUGAGGAGUAAAAGGGAAAACCUUCAAGGGUACUCUUUGCAUCUGGUGAGAAUGUGUCAUGAGCUUCGUUUUUGCCAAACUCACUCCUUUUUAGAAAAGAAAAAAAAAAAAAAAGGCCAGAAAGUCAUCUAUUCCUUCUUUCAUGCAAAACCACAAGAAUAAAGCCAGCUCCCUGCCAGUGACAGGGUUUCUUGUAAUUGAGAAUGUGCCUUAAACUUGAAUGUCGAUGGCCAAAAGCUGUUUCCAAAUUAAAGUCA